AUGGACGAGGCGGAGGACGGCGAGGAGGAGCCCAAAUUCCAGCAGCCCAGACCGCCUCAGGUAUACAGUUUGGAUCAUGGGAGCUGUGGAGGAACCAAGAUGAAGAAAUUUACGCCAGGAGGCGGAGCCGCGUCCAUUGCGCGUAAAAACUCCAACAACAAUGAGCAGUGGCUCCUGCAAGAGGACGAGGACUCCGGACCUGUCGGUGCCAGUGGCAACACCACCUCUGCGCUGCUGUGCCGGAGGGAUGCUGAUGCAGGGGGCGCGCUCCUAGAGGCAGGCGUGACAGGAGAAGGAGCCUUCGUUAUGAUAUGCAACAAAAACGGAGACUGUAGAAGGGACCCGGCCAGUUCAGGGAGCCUCUCCUCUCUCAUCUCCCGGCAGGAGAGGAAAACAGAUGGAGUAGUGUCAGCUGAAGACGGGAAGGGACAGUUUGCAAGUAUGGACGGCUCCAUCACUUCAGUGGGGUCCCUGACACAGGGGCCGGUCGCCGAGGUCAAGACCGGAGCAGCGAUGGAGAAGAAGGACUCCAGAGUUUCCUUCUCCAACGCCGCAACUAAAGGACAGACUCCGAGUCAGCAGUCGAGAAAUUCAGUCACAUUUUCCAAAGCUGAGGAUGGCUCUCAGAUAGUUCCGGAUGAUGGAGACCUCAGGGGGAAUCAGACUUACAUGCAGCGGCAGUUUAGCUCCAUGCUUCAGCCCGGAGUUAACAAAUUCUCCCUGCGCAUGUUUGGCAGCCAGAAGGCAGUGGAGAAGGAGCAAGAGCGCGUAAAGUCAGCGGGUAAUUGGAUUAUCCAUCCAUACAGCGACUUCAGGUUCUACUGGGACUUCACCAUGCUGUUGUUCAUGGUGGGAAACCUGAUCAUCAUCCCCGUGGGUAUCACCUUCUUCAAAGACGAGACCACGGCUCCCUGGAUCAUCUUCAACGUGGUUUCUGACACCUUCUUCCUCAUCGACCUGGUGCUGAAUUUCAGGACCGGCAUCGUGUUCGAGGACAACACCGAGAUCAUCCUCGACCCCAACAAGAUCAAGAAGAAGUAUCUGAAGAGCUGGUUUGUGGUGGACUUUGUCUCGUCCAUACCUGUGGAUUAUAUCUUCCUCAUCGUGGAGAGAGGGAUGGACUCGGAGGUGUACAAGACGGCCCGGGCGCUGCGCAUUGUCCGCUUCACCAAAAUCCUCAGUCUGCUGCGACUGCUGAGGCUGUCCAGGCUCAUCCGUUACAUCCACCAAUGGGAGGAGAUCUUCCACAUGACCUAUGACCUGGCCAGUGCUGUGAUGCGGAUUUUCAACCUGAUUGGUAUGAUGCUGCUGCUGUGUCACUGGGAUGGCUGUCUCCAGUUCCUCGUCCCCAUGCUGCAGGACUUCCCGUCAGACUGCUGGGUCUCCCUCAACAAGAUGGUGAAUGACACUUGGACCGAGCUCUACUCCUUCGCCCUCUUUAAGGCCAUGAGCCACAUGCUGUGUAUUGGAUAUGGAAGACAAGCCCCGGAGAGCAUGUCUGACAUCUGGCUGACCAUGCUCAGUAUGAUCGUGGGAGCCACCUGCUACGCCAUGUUCAUCGGCCACGCAACCGCACUCAUCCAGUCUCUGGACUCCUCCAGACGGCAAUACCAGGAAAAGUACAAACAAGUGGAGCAGUACAUGUCGUUCCACAAGCUACCAGCAGACUUCCGACAGAAAAUCCAUGACUACUACGAGCACAGAUACCAGGGCAAGAUGUUUGACGAAGAGAGCAUCCUGGAGGAGCUAAAUGAGCCUCUGCGCCAGGAAAUCGUCAACUUUAACUGCCGUAAGCUGGUGGCUUCCAUGCCGCUGUUUGCCAAUGCUGAUCCCAACUUUGUGACAGCCAUGCUGACCAAGCUGAGGUUUGAGGUCUUCCAGCCUUUGGACUACAUCAUCAGAGAGGGCACCAUCGGCAAGAAGAUGUACUUCAUCCAGCACGGCGUGGUCAGCGUCCUCACCAAGGGGAGCAUCGGCAUGAAGCUGAUGGACGGAUCCUACUUUGGAGAGAUCUGUCUGCUGACCCGUGGCAGACGGACGGCCAGCGUGCGAGCGGACACCUACUGCCGCCUGUACUCGCUCUCUGUGGACAACUUCAACGAGGUGCUGGAGGAGUAUCCCAUGAUGAGGAGGGCCUUUGAGACGGUUGCCAUUGACAGAUUGGACAGGAUAGGCAAGAAGAAUUCAAUCCUGAUGCACAAAGUUCAGCAUGACCUGAACUCAGGGGUCUUCAACAACCGCGAGAACGAGAUGAUCCAGGAGAUAGUUAAAUAUGACCGGGAGAUGGUUCAGCAGGUUGACGUUCCACGGCCGCGGGCCAUGUCCAUGACGCCUCCUCUUCACGGCGGCAUCUUUGAUUCUCCGAGCUCCUCCUCGCGUCCUCAGAAUUCAGCGAUCGCCACUCUGCAGCAGGCCGUAGCCAUGAACUUUUGUGCCCCUGUGCAAGGUAACUCGAUGGGAGGGGGGACCCUGCAGUCGCCCAGGAUGGUGAGGAGAUUCCAGGUGCUGGAGAGUGUGCCCAGCCCAGUUUCAGCCUCUCCCCUGCAGUCUCAGUUCCUCCCCGCUGGUGCCUUCGCCCCCGCCCUGGCCAGCCCCUCGGUCCAGAGCCCGCUGGCACUCGGAAGACGAUCUUUCCAGUUCGGCUCCAGCAUGGCCGGCCCCCCCUCGGGCUCCCAGCUCUCUCUGACCCAGCAGCACAUGACCAGCCCCGCACACCGGCCCAGCUCACACGAGAGUACUCAUUCCCUGCAAAUGGGCGUUUUAAACCAAGACGCCAGGGCACUGUCAGCCUCUCAGCCCUCACUGCCUCACGAGGGGGCGCAACAAGGUGCCCCAAGCCCCCCCCAGUCCACAAGAGUCUCCUCCACUUCUAUUGGCCCCCCUCAGAUAACAUCGGGUCACACAGGGGUACGUAGCGCUAUACCACAUAGGGUGGUGCUGCCCCACCAGAUGUCUGUGGGGGCUUUCCCUGCAGUAUCCCUGCCUGGGUCUGCGCAGGGUUUUGGGGCCGGUGCAGGGCUGGCAGUAGGGGGUGCGGUAACAGGUCUGGGGGACUCGGGGUUACCCAAGAAGGACCCUAUCGGGAGCCUUCCUGAGACAGACCACAUCAAUGUCAGAUCCAGGCUUUCCUCAAACUUGUGAUCUUAAUUCAACUCUUCUAGUGGAGUGACUCUAAUGAGGGGCUGGACUGCAGGAGCACGGGGGGGGUUUCUGCUCUCUCUCCCACAAUCUGCUCAAGUUUGACUAUCCGAAUGUAUGAAUGAUAAGUGAGUGGAAGCAGGGAGAAUCCAUUUGGAGACUGUUCUAACUCAUUGAGUUGUUUCUACUCACAGACUGUAUAGUUGCACAGUAACGUAGCAUCCUCCCUUCUCCAACGUCUGUAUUUACUGUGUUUCACAACAUAGUCAACAACAUACUGUAUCCUCUUUAUUAUCCUUUCAUCCACGUCAUGUAAUGCAAACUUGUGGUCGGGUGGAUCGGACUAAAAGAAAUCAGGGACCUGCUUCAGAUAUCAGAAGUUGGAUGCUACUGUAUCUACUAUAUUAUGUGGGCUGGCUGUAGAAGACGAUCAUCUCACAA